AUGCCAGCCGCUUCAACUGAUGUAUCCAACCCAACGUUUUACAAACGCGCAUUGCCUGUAUCGUGUAUCGCACUGCAUACACAACAGGGAAAGGCUCUCUUUCGUGAAUCUCUGGACCAAGAUUACAUGGAGUCUUAUUUUAUUCUUUCAAUGCAAUUUCUAACACAAUCCGAGCCUGCUUUUUGCGGUCUUAGCUCGUUGUGUAUGGUCUUGAACGCACUGGAAAUGGAUCCACUACGAACAUGGAAGGGAGUGUGGCGAUGGUAUGACGAAUCCAUGCUCGAUUGUUGUAGAAGUCUAAAAGAAAUACGAGAAACAGGGAUAUCUAUUGCAGAGUUUGUAUGUUUAGCUCAAUGCAAUGGUCUUACCGCUCAUCUUCACCGACCUGGUGGAGAUUCCACAUAUGAUAAUUUUUUGAAACAAUUAAAGCAAGCAUGCCAGUCGCCAGAUAUACAUAUGGUGGUCUCAUAUGAUCGCAAGGCUCUUGGCCAAACUGGAACCGGGCAUUUUAGUCCGAUUGGAGGGGAAUCAAUGAAACCACUUGAUCUUUCUACAAAUAAGUCAAGAGGAUAUGUGAUUUUAUCGAGAGGAACACGACCACUCAUUCAAUCUGUUUUUAGCCAACUGUCAGUAACAAGUGGAUCGUGGCCACAGCUAGCAAACAUGCUAUUUCAGGUCUUGCCGCAAAGGCUAAAAGAAAUGCCUUCUAAUAGCACAGUGGAAGAAGUCAUUUCUCAAGUCAUUUCAGCCAUACCGGAUGUAUUCAAUUGUAUUGUAGAUGAUCGUACACAGCUGUUUCUUCCAAAAAUACUUGCAGAUGCGGCAUUGGCAGUUCAAUCAACACCUACACAUUUUGAUGAUAAUACAGUCCGUGCUACAGUAGAGACUCAGUUGCCAUUAACAUCAACAUCAAAUACCGGCUCCUAUGACGCAGAGACGAUCAAGCAGUAUAUUCAAGGGCUGGAUGAACUCUUGGCUCAAAUUUGCAGCACAGAGCUAUACGCGACGGUAUCUUCUUCGAUUGCAGCAAAACGAAAGCUAAAAACAUUGGAAGAUAUACUCAACGGCAUUGCAGUGAAUGACGAGGCAUUACAAGUCCUGUCACAAAUCCAGUCGCAGCAAUCAUUUUUUUCAUCCACAUGUCCAAAGGAAGUCAUGUCUCCAGAUACCUUGGUUUCAUCAGCAGAUUUAAACCUUUCAAUGUUGGAUCAUGGUGAUGGGGUUGUGCAAAAUGCAUCAGCCAUGUCAUUAUUUAGUCGACCAUCGUUCAAUGGCAACAUACCGCUGUCAAUACGAUACUCUGUUCUAGAUCGCAUGAGUCGACGCAAUUCUGUCGCUGCCUUGUAUCCAGCGUAUAAAACAACUGAUCCUACAUCGUCACUUUGUAAUAAUCCAAGCGACAUGGCAGGUAAUGACUUUUGUGCAUUUCUUACUCUGUUUCUGUUUGCACUGUUCUCUUUUCGGCCAUUGUAUGAGAAUCUACCAAUGGGACCACUAGAGAAGCAAAUACGCAGACUAGUAGAUGCCGGACAUGCUAAAGUAUCAGAAGGAGUGUGGGCAGAAAUAUACUUGUUGAAAAACCAAAUGGCAGCACUGACUGAGCUGCAGCAAGAUUCCAAUAAAUAG